AUGACGCCCUCGACGCGGCCGUCGACGCCGGACUUGACGACGACCGAGGUCACGAUGCUCGCGAGCGCUCGAACGACCCCGGAGAUGAAGAAAAAGACGCGCGAUCGCGAACGCGCCGUCGUCUCGGAAGAUGAAAGAAAUUCUAAAAUAUUCUUCGAUGAACUUCCCACGCCGUCGACGAGUGAAGCACGGGCUGAGGCGAGCGAGAAGCCCGUGGGGUGGACGAGUGGGAGCGAUUGCACUGAUACGCCGUGGGAAGACGGCGAGUCGGCGGCGGCGGUGGAGGUUGCGGCGAUGGAUUCGUUUUUGGAGAACCUGGUUGACUUGCCGGUGGACGGCUUGGUCGGAGACGCAGGGUUCUUGGAGGAUUGUUUCGGUGCUCUGAGUGGUGAGGAGAGGUCCCAGCAAGAGUUGAGUGCGUGCGGGCUCGUCAAAAACGGAGAGCGAUGGGAGGACGGAGCGUCAUCGUCGAGGGCAACCGCGUCUGGAAAGGACGUCACGCCGACGGCUUUGGGUGAGACUGAGGAAGAGCGGCGAAAGAGACUCGAUCGCAACAGAGAGAGCGCGCAGAAUAGUCGCGCGAGGAAGAAAGAGUACGUUUCAGACCUUGAGAAACGCGCGAGGGCGCUCGAACAGCAGAACAUGGAGUUGCAGACGAUGGUGAUCAAUCUCACAAACGAGAACCACGCGUUGCGAGUGAAUUUGCAAAGCGCCGGGUACUCUGUGCCAGCUAUGAUGGUGCCAUGCGUGUACCAAACAAUGACGCCGAAAAUUCCACUCCCACCGAUGAACGUACAAGACACCGAAUUGACGGACCCACCGUCGCCAGUGCCGCUUGAGAAAAAGCCCGCGAAGCGUCGAAGACAGACCGUGGUGGCUUCCGCGACGGCGGCUAUGCUUGGCGUCAUGUCGGUCGUCGGUCUGGUGUCACGCGACGCUGCUCCUACGAACAGAGUUCCCGAGCACUCGGUCAGCCGACGUUUGUUGGCCCUCUCGGGAUCUCCGGUGGAGGAACACUUGGUCAAAGUUGGGAUCAACGUCACGUCCCUUCGCGAGGAAAUGGUAAAGAACGACGACGAACGUUCUUUCGCGUUGCCAGACAGCACCUCGUCGGGAGAGGUUUCGCUUUGGGGCGACAUCACAUCGGAUGGUCGCGUCGUUAACGUGCUCAAGCCAACGGACGCAAAAGACCCGUGGUUCAGCGCUUUCAAUGCGGCAGGGAUGCAGAACCAUGUGAACCUCUUGAGCCGAGUUUCUUGCACGGAGUUGUUCAAAUUUACGGGCGCAAACGAAGGUGGCGUCGUUGCUGCAAGGGAAGCGGAGACGAGUGCGUGGAAAGAUGAGGAGUCACGACAAAAGAUGGAGCGUAAGAAGUACACCGGGGCCAUUCCGAUGCUGAGCGGCAAAGAAAACUCAACGAGCUUUUCCGAUGGAGGUCACGAAGAGAUAGACGGAAAUUCGCUCGUCAGCGUGCUUCUGCCGCCGCCUAUCGAGGGCGUGAUGCAGCAACUCAGUAAACUCUUCGUCGUAACGUACAACAAAAGAACGGCGGAUUACACAACGCACUCCUGUUUGAUGCCUCAACCGAUGACGACGGCACACCGUCACAUGUGA